AUGUCUUCAAGCGGAGGAAAACUCGUAGUAGGUGGUGUUGCAAUCAUUGCAUCGUGGUGGUUCGGAGUAAAUUUCUGGAAACCCCUCAUCCUAGAACAAUUAGACAAGGACGGAAACUUAAAAGACAAAUACAAGUCAGAAAUACCUAAAGACGAAGUGGCGUCGUGGUCGGACUUGAAGCAGAAAUGGGCCGCUGUCGUUGAUCCAAAGCUGAAUUUUUCGAGUCAGGAUAAAGCAAGUUUGGAGGAUUUGAAAGAACAUUUGCUGGAGAAUAAACCUCGGGAUCGAUGA